CCGCCGCCACCACUAGCGCGCGCCGCCGUUGCUGCGGAAUUGACGGGCUGCCGACCGUCGGCGCGAGAGCGGAUCCAGACACUCUUCUAGAAAAUAAUGAACAACAAAUUUGACGCCCUGAAAGAUGAUGACAGUGGAGAUCACGACCAGGACAACAGCUCACCGAAAGACGGGGAGAAGGAAAAAAAUGACGAAGAGGACAAGGAAGCAAACACUACAAAGAGAAAGGCGGUGGUCCCGGGAGCCGGUGAACACCCUCUUCAGUAUAACUACACCUUCUGGUAUUCUCGACGCACACCAGGACGUCCGGCCAGCACACAGAGCUAUGAACAGAACAUUAAACAGAUCGGCAGCUUUGCUUCGGUGGAGCAGUUCUGGCGUUUUUAUAGUCACAUGAUCCGACCGGGUGAUCUGACUGGUCACAGUGAUUUCCACCUGUUUAAGGAAGGAAUCAAACCCAUGUGGGAGGAUGAUGCUAAUAAGAGUGGUGGUAAAUGGAUCAUUCGGCUCCGGAAAGGCCUGGCGUCUCGCUGCUGGGAGAAUCUGAUCCUGGCCAUGCUCGGUGAGCAGUUCAUGGUGGGCGAGGAGAUCUGUGGCGCCGUCGUGUCCGUUCGAUUCCAGGAGGAUAUCAUUUCCAUCUGGAAUAAGACGGCCAGCGAUCAGGCCACCACCGCUCGCAUUAGAGACACUUUACGCAGAGUCCUCAACCUGCCUCCUAAUACUAUUAUGGAGUAUAAAACACACACCGACAGCAUCAAAGCUUGGGAGGAUUUCCACGGUCUAGUGAAUGCAAGUGGAGGACGCUAGUGUUUUCACCCAGUGUGUGUGAGACGGGUAUAAACUUAUGACUGACACAUCGAUUAAGUUCAUUUUCCCAAUGAAGAGGACACUUUCUGAUCACACCAACCUGAAACUGAGCUGUUUUUAAAAGAAAAAAUGAAAGGGACGUCACGAAAUGGGGCUCAGCAUGGGCCAUUUUUAAUAUUGAAGACUUCUGGCUUUUUAUAAACGUCCAAACAACACCUGAAGACAGAGGAGGAACCAAAACAUCAAUGUGUGAAUGAUUUCCAGUCGGCCAUCUUUCAGAGAGAAAGCGGGACCACCCAAACUAAAGGCUGGAAACUGCCACAUUUUCCAAAAACAACCACAAAAAAUGAAUAAUACUCACAUUUACCUGAACGACCAUCUUAAACUGAAGAGUUCAUUUAGGUCACAUUAUUAUCCAGUGGAGUCGCAGGCUGAUGGGGAUAUUUUACUAUAGUGCAGUAUUUUAGCUACAGUGUUGAGUUGUUUUAACAUAGAACUGUUGUACAAAAAAAAUUAUAUUUGUAAACCUAUUUGGAGAGCUGUAUAAUGGCGGACUUGUUUUUUCUUUUCUUUCUCCUGAGCUGAAGGAGUGUAAACCCAAAGGACAGUGCCCUUUAUGGAUGGGCACGGCGCUGCCUGAUUCACUGUGCCUGGCCUUCAUAAACACUGACUUUACAAUCACUAUUCAGACAUGCUAACUAACAAACACUGAUAUAUCUGGAGUUACUGGAGGCUGUGGAUCAACACCUACUUUAUACUGCCUGGACUUCAGUGCUGGUGCUGGACAGUUGUAUUUGAGGUACAUUAAAAAAAAAAAAAAAGAGAGAAAAAUAAAAAGUGGAAAGGAAAGGUUUUUAAUUAUUGAUCGAUCAUAGCAAUAAAUGUUGAUUAUGCAUCUGCUGCUAA